UACUCUCUUGUAGUAUUUCUGCAGUCUCUAAUACUCUCUUGUAGUAUUUCUGCAGUCUCUAAUACUCUCCUGUAUAUUUCUGCAGUCUCUGACCAUCUCCUGUAUAUUUCUGCAGUCUCUGACCAUCUCCUGUAAUAUUUCUGCAGUCUCUAAUACUCUCCUGUAGUAUUUCUGCAGUCUCUGAUCAUCUCUUGUAGUAUUUCUGCAGUCUCUAAUACUCUCUUGUAGUAUUUCUGCAGUCUCUGACCAUCUCCUGUAAUAUUUCUGCAGUCUCUGGCCA